CACCUGGACGUUUACUUAUGUCCAGACAUCCUGAAGCGUGGCGGUAAUGCGGCAGAUGCUGCGGUUGCCAUAGCAGCAGCGCUGGCGGUAACAGAGCCGCGCAGCACCGGUCCUGGAGGCGACGCUUUCUGCUUGUUCUACAGCGGAAGCGCUGGAGAAAUCAGAGGAAUUAACGGCAGUGGUCGUUAGCCCACAGCUCAGACCCUGGACUUCCUGGAAGGACGCGGUUACACUGCAGAGGCCCCCCCCUCACCUUUCGAUGCCCUGAAUGUCACAGUGCCAGGGGCCCCUGCAUGCUGGUGUGAUGCUGUACAGCUGUUUGGAAGUCAACAGCUGUCCUUGCAGGACGUGCUGAGGGGGGCGGUGGAGCUCGCAGAGGUCGGGUUUCCUGUCGCCCAGGUAGCGGCUCAGAACUGGGCGACUGCUCUGAGAGACGCUGGGAAGGAACUAGGUGGAGACCUGCUGAUUGAUGGUCAUGCGCCCAAAUGUGGACAAGUAUUCAGAAACCCCGCACUGGCCCAGACCCUGAAGGUGAAUCCUGAAGCCUAAAGCAGAAAUAACACCAAACCAGCUUUCUACCAGGGCAGAGUGGCUCAAGCGAUCGUCGACGUCAUCAACCAGAAUGGAGGAGUCAUGACCCUGGAUGACCUCAGCAGCCAUGGCAGUGAGGUCAUCACCCCCAUAAGCACAGAAUACAAGGGUGUGCGUUUGUGGGAGCCUCCUCCUAACAGUCAGGGAUCGGCUGCGCUGCUGCUGCUCAACAUCCUGGAAAACUUCCCUCUCAAAGGCCAUAACAGCUCUGACUACAUCCAUGUGCUCGUGGAGGCUGUCCACUUGACAGCAAAAGAUGCUCUGUGUUACCUGGGCGACCCAGACCAUGUGACCAUCCCUCUGGAGACCUUACUGGACAAAAGCUACAGCCAGCAGCGAGCACAGCGCAUCAGCAUGGAUAGGGCCAUGGAGCCUGGCCUGACGACAGGAAGUCACACGGUCUAUUUCUGUGUGAUUGACAGUCAGGGCAACGCCUGCUCAUUCGUCAACAGCACCUACAUGGGCUUUGGAAGUGGGCUGGUCCCAAAGGAUUGUGGAUUCUCUCUCCAGAAUCGUGGGGCCAACUUCACUCUGCUCCACUCUAACCACUUUAACUGUGUUGAUGGGGGGAAGCGGCCGUAUCACGCCAUAAUACCUGCACUUCUCACCCACUCUGCUACCAAACCACAAAAACCACGACUUCUCGCUGCACUCGGGGCGAUGGGGGCUUUUAUGCAACCGCAUGACACGUCCAGGUACGCCGAGGUCGAGGACACACUGAGGUGGAGCACAAAGUGUGGAGACUUGACACGUAGCACUGACACCGUUUUACUUGUUCUGCCUCUUAACUUCAUUUGUCAGGUUUUAAGUAUGUUACUGUUGGUUAUUCGUUGCCAGAGUAGAUCAGGCGUUGGAGAAUUUGUAAUUGGAAAUUUUUUUAUCAGAAAGACGGGAGCAUACUCCACUUUAAGUCCUCUGAUGAGUGGCUGGUUAAUCUGGAGGGGCCACAAAGUCAACUGGCCAAUCACAGGCCACCACAGGUCUCAGUUUGGGCGGGGACAGAUCAUCACUGUGGGCGAUUGGUGGAAGUCAUCUGUCAGUCAAGCUGAUCGACCAUCCAGGGUGCUGUGGGCGGGAUCAGACCCCCGAGGGGACGGAUGUGCUCAAGGGUACUAGACAUACGUGACCUCCUCCUGUCUUCCCAACUGCCUGCAU